AUCUAGGUGCAGGUAUAUAGUUCCUUGAAAGUGAUAUCACAGGGAGGGUGGUCAAAAAGGUUUUCAGCACAUUGGCCUUCGUCAGUCAGAAUAUUGAGUAUAGAAUUUGGGAGAACAUGUUGCAGUUAUAUAAGAUGUUGGUGAGGCCACAUUUAGAGUAUUGUGUUCAGUUGUGGGCACUAUGUUAUAGGAAAGAUGUUGUCAAGCUGGAAAGGGUGCAGAGUAGAUUUACAAGGAUGCUGCCAGAACUCAAGGGCCUGAGCUAUGAUUGAACAUGUUAAGCAGGCUAGGACUCUAUUCCUUGGAACACAGAAGUACAAGAGGUGAUCUUAUAGAGGUGUACAAAUUCAUGAGAGGAACAGAUUGGUCUUACCCAGAGUUGGGGAAUCAAGAACCAGAGAACAUAGGUUUAAGGUGAGGGUGGGAAAGAUUUAAUACGCACCUGAAAGGUAACGUUUUUACACAAAGAAUGGUGUGUGUAUGAAGCAAGCUGCUGGAGGAGGUAUGUACUAUCGCAACGCAUAAGAAAUAUUUAGAUAUUACUUAAUAGGAUAGGUUUAGUGGGAUAUGGACCAAAUGUAGGUAGGUGGGACUAGUGUAAAUGGGAUAAUUUUGUCAGUGUGAGCAAGUUGGGCCAAAGGGCUUGUUUCCAUGCCGUAUGACUAUGAUACUAUGACUCUAUGAGAAUCUGACCCUUCGUCCCACACUAUCAUUGUCGAACUAGUUACCUGAAUAAACUAAACUCAUCUGGCUGCACAUGAUCCAUACCAUAUCCAUAGGAUAUUCCCUGCAUAUCCACAUGCUUAUAUAAAAGCCUCUUAAAUGCCACUAUCAUAUCUGCCUCCACCACCACACACUGCAGAGUACUCUGGGCACCAAUCAUCCUCUGUGUGAAAAGCUUGCCCCCCCGCAUCUCCUUUAAGCUUUGCCCCACUGCACGAAUCUAUGUUGGGACCGCUGCUGUUUGUGAUAUACAUAUAAAUGAUGGAUGCUAACAUAGAUAGGUUGGUUAAUAAGUUUGCAGAUGACACCCAGAUUGCCUGGGUUGCUGACUGUAUGAAAGGCUGUGUUACAGAAGGCAUAUGGUAUGCCACGACUAGGGCAUAUUAGCUACAGCGAGAGGUUGGAUAAACUUGUUUUGUUUGUUUGGUUGUGGGGAGACAUAUAGAAGUAUAUAAAAUGAUGAGAGAAUAGACAAUCAAAAUCUUUUUCCCAGGACGGAAAAAUCAAAUACCAGAGGGCAAAGUUUUAAGGUGAGAGGGACAAAGUUUAAAGGAGAUUUGCAGGGUAUGUUUUUUUGCACAGAAGGUGGUGAGUACGUGGAAUGUGCUGCCUGGAGGGUGGUGGUUGAAGUAGAUACGUUAGUGGCAUUGAAAAGACUUUUGCAAAGGGAUAUGGUUAUGCAGGAAAUGGCAGAAUAUGGGUUGUUCAGAUCGAUGUGAUGGUCUUGGCAUCAUGUUCGUCAUAUUGUGGCAAAAGAGCCUGUACUUAUGCUGUGCUGUUCAAUUAUAUCAUCCCAGGGGGCCACGUGAGUGGCAAUAGUGCGAAGUGUAAUGAAAAUAGGUGCUAAUAAAACAGGGCAUAACCCAAGCAAUAUUUAACAUAUAGAUACUAAGAAUGCAUUGGAAGGAACUGCAGAUGCUGGUUUCGAUUGAAAAUACACAAAAUGCUGGAGUAACUCAGCGUGACAGGCAGCAUCUCUGGAGAGAUGGAAUGGGUGACAUUUCUGGUCGAGACACUUCUUCAGACUGAUGUCAGGGGAGAGGGAUAUACAUAGAUAAGAAGUGUAAGGUGUGAAGACAGGCCAAAGGGGGUGGUGAUCAUUGAGAAUACACUGAAAGUAUUGAGUUUUGCCUUGUUUCUGUUUUGUUUAUUUUUUUUUAUUACGAACAUAGUUUAUUUUUGAAAUAUUAAAAAAACGGCGCUCUUCGUCCCUGAUAUAAAUCUAAAGCUUUAACUAUUCCGAUCGCAGAAACAGCGCACAGCGGCAUCGUACAUCAGACCGGGUGUACUGUUACUGUUAGGCCUCUCAUCACCGCCCUCAGUCCAGUGUAAAGUUGUUGCAACCCAACGCCUCCGCUUCUCUCAGACUCUCGCUCCCUCCAGAUACAGCCGCUUAAGCCCGUCACCAACUUCCUAAGAAGCUUUCCCUAAAUGCAUGAAAUAAAUCUAUUCUGCCCAUCACUCUGCACAGGUCAAGUUCACGCACUGCUGUAGCUUUGACCAAACAACCCCAUUCCGCCCGCACUGGGCCUUCGACAGCCGCCGGAACGGCGUUGCCCAGGCAACCACCCACCGCAGCCCAGCGCACUCCUCCGCGAUCCCAGAAUGCGCCGCUGCCGGGAGACCCGCAUCUAUCGUUGCCAAGCAACCGAUUAAAAUGGAGUCCCAGGAAAAACAAGAGGAGGUCGUGCAGGAGCAAUCUACAGAAAUCCCUACUUCUGAUGCUCCUGAUGGUGGCCAGAAGGAUGAGAAAGAUGAAAAUAAUAUGCAAGAGGCAGAAGGUUCUUCAGCUAAUGAGGAAGAGAAGCAGGAUGGAAAUGAAACCAAGAAGACAGAAGAAGCAACACUCGCAGAUGAUUUCUUCUAUGACUAUGAGGAAAUAUACUCAAAGCCGUUCAUUUCAUCAACAGCACGGAUACCAACAAAUUUGCUUGUCCUCAUUCAUUCUUUUGGCUAUGACAGUACCCGACGAGCGAAUUUACAACUCAUUGGCGAGCAAACCAUCAUGUUUGUGGCUGGCAAUCUAGUGAAUUUCAUGGAUAUUAGGACGAAAGGGCAACAAUAUAUUCGAAGCAACAGUGGGGGAGGCAUUGGCAUUGUGAUGGUUCACCCUGAUGGAGAUUAUUUUGCUGUAGGUGAAAAGGGCACCAAGCCUAAUAUUAUUAUCUAUGAAUAUCCUUCCCUGAAGCCAUACAGAAUACUGAGAGAUGGGACAGAGAGAGCCUAUAGUUUUGUUGACUUUAACUCGUCAGGCAACCUUCUGGUCAGCGUAGGGGAAUACCCAGAUUACAUGGCCACCAUUUGGAAUUGGAAAAAGGAAAAAAUUGUGCUACGCUCAAAAGCCUUUUCCCAGGAAGUUUAUCGGAUCACCUUCUCUCUGGAAAAUGAAGAACAACUGACCUCCUCGGGAACAGGUCAUAUCAAAUUUUGGAAGAUGGUGGAAACCUUCACUGGACUGAAACUACAAGGUGAACUUGGGAGGUUUGGCAAAACAGCUCUGACGGACAUUGUGGGCUAUGUUGAGUUGCCAGAUGGAAAGGUAAUAUCUGGCUCUGAAUGGGGCAAUAUGUUGCUAUGGGAUGGUGGUCUUAUUAAGGUAGAGCUGAGCAGAAAGGAUGGAAAGCCCUGUCAUCAAGGAUCCAUAAAUCAGUGUGUACUGGAUGAAGGAGAACUUAUCACAAUUGGAAGUGAUGGAUGUGUGCGGGUGUGGGACUUUGAGACCAUUGACACAGCAGAGUCUUAUGACGAGGAUUCCAUAGUAGAGAUGGAACCAAUGAAUGAAUUAACCGUUGGAAGAAAUGUUAACCUCCAAUCCAUGGUGAAAUUCAAAGAUUCAAACCUUAUUUGGUGUGCUCAGGAUGCCAGUGGUAGAAUAUGGAAACUUGACCUCUCGUUUUCAAACAUUACGCAAGAUCCGGAAUGUUUAUUUUCUUUCCACACUGGGGUAAUCCAGGCUAUGGACCUGUCACCACUUACCUAUCUGAUGGCAACAACAGCACUUGACUGCACAGUGCGCAUCUUUGACUUUGUGAGAAAUGAAGAGCUGGUCUCUGUGAAGUACAGGCAAGGUGGAACUGCAUUAACAUGGGGACCACUGGAGCGCUAUCCAGAUGGAAACAUAAUUGUUGUGGGGUUUCAUGAUGGUGUUAUCCGUGUCUUGGAAAUAUAUAAUCCUCAAGACCUGGCUCGAGUUGCUGGCCGAACACAAGUCGGUGAUGCUGAACUUCGACUAAAACAAGCCCUGAAGCCGCAUACAGAGGACGUCACUGCUAUUGCAUAUGAACACAAUGGAGAUAUAUUGGCAACUGGUAGCAAAGACAACACAGUGUUCUUUUUCCAAUUUCGGACUCAGUAUGUGCCAGUGGGAUUCAUCAGAGUGCCGGGACCGGUGGUGAGCUUGGAGUGGUCCCCACAUUCCUAUGAGAGAAACACAUUGCUUAUAUUUUGUGAAAAUGGAUAUGUCGUUCAAGUGGCAUGUCCAGAACUUGAUGAAUUGGACACAACUUUAACUUUUGAGAUUCCCCUUCAGAAACAGUACUACCGUUUCAAGAGCAUCAGGUCCAGCAUAGAGAGAAACUAUGAGCUUGAUCGGAUAAAUCGAAUAAAGGAAGAAAAAGAAAAAGAAAAACAAGAACGGCUCAAAAAAAAGAAGGAAUUGGAGGCACAAAAUCCAGAAUUUACCACUGACGAAGACGAAGAGGAAGAAGAAGAGGAAGAAGGGGAGCCAGAGGCGGAACUCCCAAAGAUCUACAUUCCCCCUCAACCAAGCCCCAUAUUGUGUGGUUUCUAUUCAAAACCAGACACAUUCUGGUUGUCUGUGGGUGAUUAUGAUUGUGGAUAUAUCUACCACUGUAAGUUUUCAGAUAAUCAUAAAAUUAGCGAGGACAUCUCCAAGAGUGAAGAAGAGCCAUUUGCUUUCAUUGCCAUUGAAGAUGCAGCUGAAACCUCUAUCAGAAAAAUGAAAUUCAAUUCGGAAAAGGACCUUCUAUUUUGUGGGAUGGAAGAUGGAGCUGUGCGAAUAUAUUCUAUUAAGGCACAUGAUUACAAACUGAAAUCCAUGCAAGGAUUCUGGAGUCUUAAUGUACAUGACAAUGACUAUGGUCACAUUAAUCAAAUUUGCAUCAGUCACGAUGAACAGUUUCUGCUUACAUGCGGAGCUGAUAGCAACAUCUUUGCCUUCUGUAUUUUUCCUCAAGAGGAAAUUGAUGAAUUAGUCAGUAGAAAGCGAGCCGUCGUGCCAAUUCCUAGGAUGGGUUUUGCACGUGAUAAACUAGCAAAUGAUAUUGAUGAUCCAAAUGCCUACAGUCUUGAAGAUGCUAAACAGAAGGCAGAGUCGGAUCUAAUAUUGAAGCUGGCAGAGGAAAAGAAGGCAAAGAAAAGGGUGGAGUUAGAUAAGCUGCAAAACGACUUCAAGGAACUUCAAAUCAAAAAUGCAGAACUCCCUGAACAUGUCCAGCUCCAGAAAGAGGAUUUUGAAAUUAAUAAAAAGAUUCAAGAAGAGAUUAACAGACAAAUAACUGACCGGAUUGAGUUUGUUUACAAAGAAAUGGCAUGGGAACAAGAGAAGUAUCUAAUUGGCCUCCAAAAACUACAAGCCAGGUUUCGAAAUGCAGUAGAGUAUGACACAAUUAUCGUGCAUUGUUUUGAAAGUGAUCACAAGGUGUCAACUUAUCGAGUCACAUCAUUCUCUGAGAAGUAUCACCAAAUGAAGUUGGACGUGCUGAGAAGGAGCCAACUGCAGGUGGCGCAAAAAAGCAAAGAUAAUCUUUUUAAGGAAAACAAAGGGGCAGGUAUUGAUAAGACUACAGACCAGGACUUGGAAGUUGAUUUAUUGGCAGGGUCACAACAACCUGUAUCAAAGAUGUUUAUUGGAAUUCAACAUGCUGAAAGACUACAAAAUUUGAUUAGCCAAACAGAUAAAGCAAAAGCCAAAAUUGAGCAGAGGAAAAGAGAAUGGACAGAGCUUUAUUUAAGCCAACCUGAUGAUAAUUACGAAGAUCCAAAUGAUGUGCUGGCAAUCAAAAAUGCUCAGGAGCACAUGGGAGAUUUCAAGUUAAAAACAGCUCCUGACUACACUGUACCAGAACAUCUGCGUAUUAAUGCAGAGAAGAAAAGGAACCAGCUUAUUCUCCUUGAGGAACUGAUCCAUGAACUCAAAAGCGAAAUGAGCGAAAAGAUAAUCAGCCUUCGUAACACAAAACUGGAUAUUAUUGAGCAAAUUACCAAUCUAACUAAGGAGCUGGUGUUAAUACAGAUCAAGCUCGAUCCUUCACAACAUCUCCCUAUUCCUGUGGUCCCAAGUAUGUAUCCUGAUGAAAUGCCUGAGAAGAAAUUCCAGUAUGAUCAAGAAAAGCUUUUGGAAUUCAGAGGUGAGAACCUUCCGAGUAAGAAACGUACAAAACAAUACGAGCAGGCAAUUGAGACGGAAAAAAUACCUGGAAAUUCCAACGCAACAUCAGAUAGCACAAAUCAUCAAAUAGAAGGAAGUGCUGUGAAACUCGUAGUGUAUGAAACGGCAGAGCAGUCAAAGUUGGAAGAGGAAAUCAAAAUGAUUGAAGAGAAAACAAAUUUAUACAUGCAAACAGAAAUACUAAGGAAGAUCAAUGAAUUAAUCAAUAACUUUGAUGCAGAGCUGCGGGUUCUUUGCCACCAAAAAUAUAAAUUGGACAUUGCUUUAAAGAUGGCUGACCUGCGGCAUGUUACACUUUUUGAAGAAGUUCUUCUCUUGAAAGAAUUUGAAAAGAGUGAGGACAUUUUGCAGGAUCGUGUCAACCAACGAAUUAAUGAACGGGUGGAAACACAAAUGAAGUCAGAGGAAUGUUUUCAACAACAAGAGGCCAAAAAGCGAGAUAUUGUUAAACAACAAGAAAAGGAGAAAACUCUUUAUACAACCUUCCAGAUAUCUCUGGGUGAAAACAACAGACAUGCUGAUUUCCUCACCAAAGUCUUCAAGAAGAAAAUCAAACGAAGAAAAAGGAGCGAAGCAAAAAUUUCUACAGAGUCAGAUGAUGAGAGUGAAGAAGAAUCAGAUGAAGAUAUGGGCUAUAGUGAUGAAGAGGAUGAAUCAGAUUCCGAUGAUGGUGGAGUGGAUGACACUGCUUGCCCAGAUACGUGUGACCCAGCACUAUUUGACAACACUCUUCAACUUCGAGAGAAACGACUGGAUAUUGAGGAGGCCUUAACAGAAGAGAAAAAAACACUAGAAUUAAUAAAAAAGGAAUAUGAUAUGAUUGCUAAAAAGGUAAAAGUUAUUGAAGGAACAGUCAAAUCUGCAAAAAAUGACCUGGAGGUUUUGCAACGACAGAAACAACAGAAAUUGAAUGAACUCUUUGUGGUUGUUCCUCUAAAACUGCACCAGAUAGAGUAUAUUGUCAAUGGAGACAUGCCAAGUGAUCUAGUGUCUGGGCUGGUCUUCACCAAUCUGGCUUUAACGUCACUGCAGAGGAGGAUCAAAGAAUUGCAUGUGGAGAAGACCGACCAGCGAGAGCUGUAUAAGCAAGCCAGGCAGAAACAUGUCCAGCUUCUCCAAGACAAAGCAGAGAUGGAAGCUGAAAUAGCAGAGUUGGAAAAAAAAUGCUUUGAAGAAAUGAUUCGGAAGUUUGGUCGUGUUGUUGAUCUGGAAGCAUUGCAAACUCUCACAGUGAACAUGACAUUGGAAGAACUGAAAGAGAAGAUUGAUAUCAAUAACAAUAAAUUCCACAGAAAGAUACACAAAGGGAGGUAAGCAUGUGUUUACAGU